ACCCUGUGUGUGCGAACGUACCUUGAAAUACUUCCUUGGAAUAGCGGGAAGAUGUUGGGUGGUUUCAUUGAACUGGAUGAUUGAGUCGGUACAGCAAGGAGUCUGUCUACCGGAGGAUGAUUUUGAGAUCCACGGAGACACUGUCAAUGGUCCCAAUCACAACGGCCCAUUCCGAGCGAGGAAUGCAAAAAGACUUCUCCUGGACAGAUUUGAAAUCUACUGCCAUGGCCAGUUCACUGGCAUGCCUAUUAGUGAUACCAAACUGUUGAUAUUGAUGUUAGGUGCUAAACUGGUAAACCAUCCCAAAGAGUUCACGGAUAACCCUAGGUGCUUUAUUAUUGCUGAACCGGAUAGGACGCUCAAGGAACAGAGCUAUUAUGACAGAUUGAAGCAAAAGUUCUCAGCAGAGGUCGUCUCCAGGGAAUGGUUACUGGACAAUGUUGCCCAAUACAAAAUACAGAAUCCAAGGCUCUAUUCCCUCUGUGAAAACGCACUCACAAAUAACAUGGAGUAAUGCUGGUCUGAAUUAUUGGACUCCUAUAACUCUGUACCAGGAUUUACAUUGUAUCUGCUUUGUAGACAUAUUGAUAUCUCUGUAUUUUUAAGUAAAAUUUCAUAUACCUGUUGUGCGAUUUUGAUGCAAAGUCAUUGAAGCAUGCUUUAAAGUACCAGAGUAUUUGUUUUCAUAUUUUUCUUGUUUUUCGAGUGCCAGAUCUUGAGAGAAAAUUUGUAGUUCUGAAACACCAGAGGGACAGGGUGAACUCGGGCUAACACUGCUCUUUUUCAUUGGUUGUGCAUAGAGUAGAUUUUAUACUGUAAUGUACACGUAUUGAGUUUUAUGCUGAGGGAUUUGGAUCAAGGGUUUGU